AUGGCUUUGAUUGGUUGCCGCGGUCACCGAGAAUCUCUAAAUCAAAAAGAGGUUGUUGGGGGUCUCUUUAACCAGCUUCGGCUUGCUCUUCAAAGAAGACACAAAGGCCUUCCUGCUCAGACCUUAGCUGCUACCAACUUGGCUGAUCAAGAACUGGCAGAGACCAUGCAGAAGCUUCUCAUUGUAAUGCAAAGACUAGAUAAGAUUUGUCUAAUGCUUGUAUCAGACGGCGAGCUCUUCAACAAAACGUUUUUACUUUUAAAAGGGACAAACUACACAAGUAUCUAUGAUACCUCUUCUAUCUGA